CGGCUAAGUAUAAUUUGUUUGAUUUCCCAUUUCUGUAUCUGUCAGUAAAUUUUAAUGCUGAUUAUGAUGCUAUAGAUUGUGUAGAAGCCUUAACUUUCUUCGAAGAUCAAAACCCAUCAAUCAAUCAGCCUUUAGUUUUGUUAUCUGGAUUUAGCUAUCAAUCCAUCAUGAUGAGAGACGGCAAGUUAAAACAAUCUUGCUAUGUGCCUUCUUCAUCAGCAGAAGUAAUAGGGAACAACCUAGACCUCGUUACUGAAAUCUUGCUCCGUGUACCGGCAAAACCACUCCUUAAGUUCAAGUGCGUGUCAAAGCAAUGGCUUUCUUUAAUUUCAGACCCUAAAUUCUGUGCCUCUCACACUCACCACCAUCCACCAACAGCACCCUCUGCUCUCUUCCUGCUCAACUACUUGGCUUCCAGCCCUCAGCUAAUUGUCCCUUUAAAAAAUGAGCCUAUGCCAAUCACUAUUCCCUUCUUGGACCAUCUAAAUAUUCCUGGAUUCUGUAUUGAUCAGUCUUGUAAUGGGUUGCUUCUCUGCUCUUCCACUUGCAUAGACUCAACUGAUUUGGGGUACUGGUUUUUUAUUUGUAAUCCCACCACCAAUCAUUUCAAGAGGAUUUCUCACCCUGUUCACAAAUUUGACAAGUUUCAUCAUCCACCUGUUCUUUGUUUGGCUUUUGAUCCAUUAAAAUCAUUCAACUAUAAGGUUGUUUGUUUCUACCAAGUUGUUUCUGGUGGAUAUCAAAUUGAUGUAUAUUCGUCGGAGACUGGGUCCUGGGGUUUAAAUCAAAUUCCUUUUGUAAAUCCUCCUUUGAAAAUUCAUGAGUGGGUUUUUUGUAAUGAUGCUAUUCACUGGUGCAGUCUUGAAGAGAACUCGCAAUAUUUUGAUGUUUCUAGUGAGAGCGUGAAUAUUCUGCCAAUGCCUCCGAGAUGUCAACUAGACAUUACGUACUUUGGUGGUUCUCGAGGCCAUUUGCAUAUGGGCGUUGGCAUCAGCCGUUUAGUCUUAGAAUUUGAUAUUUGGGAGCUGAAAGAGGAUUAUUCAGGAUGGUUUAUAAAGUAUCAUCUGGAUCUUCAUUCUAUGAGAAGAGUGUUAGCCAAUCGAUGUCCGUUGUCAGUUUUGAGCCUUAUCCGGGCUGAAAAGGAAGAUGAGUCGACGAUUGUGUUUGUUGUGGAUGGUAGAGCAAUGUCCUAUAAUCUUUAUGACAGGAGAUCAAAAAUGCUCUGUGAUUUGCUGCAGAAAACAAAUCCUUAUAGUGCUUAUUUAAAGUUUCAUGCUUAUGAAUACUUUGAGACACUUAUUCAUGUUUGAGCACAGCACUUGUACUGUCAGUAAUUCAACCAUCAACCUGCUUAGUCGUAACAUCUGCAGCAUUGAAAUUUCAGUUCUUCGAUGUAGAAGUCAGGCUCCACCAGUUGAAGUAUUUCAGUCUGUUUUGAGCUAGAGAAUAAUUAUAGAUUUCCUUAUCCAAGAACCACUAUUCUUGCUGUGCUGGUCAUCUUCACUUCAAGAGAUGAAAGAGGCAGUAUAUCCAAGAAGUGAGAUGUGGAAGAAAAUGGAGUUCAUGGUGGAAAUGAUAAAGCUUGGGAAUUGGGAAUUUUGAAAUGAAGGAAUUACGUAGGUGCUUAAACAGCUUACCAUGGAGAGUCAGCAAUACCACCUGUCCAAUUAAACCCUUCAGAUGUUGAAAGAGGCAGUAUAUCUGUUCCAAGCUCAGAGAUUUACCUCUCUGCUCGAAGUUUGAACCACAUUUAAGGGCAAUUUCACAGAUUUGUUUUUUGCCU